AUGUCACAGUGGGUGUCACAGAGCGGCCAUUGUGAUGCACGAAGCUUGGAGCAGAGCAAAGGCUGCCGGGCUCGGGCAGAGCGUCAGUGCGGUCUGGUGAGGCGCAGAGAGAGCAAGGACUCUCGCAGUGCUCGCUAUCAACGCACAAUCAUGUCCGAUAGGAAGAGGAAGGCCUCCGGCUCGCAGGAGCCAGUAUGCAUCCUGUGUGGCCGGGCAGAUGUCGACCCGGACAUCUGUGGGAACAUGCUUUCCGAAAGUGGGAUUCAUGUCCAUGAGUUCUGCUUGGAGUUUGCCGAAAUCCCUUCUGAAGCAAGACCAACGCAGUCGGGAACUUUGGGCCUCCCUGUUGAUGCCAUCAGACGUGCAGUCAAACAGGCCACCAAGCAGCAAUGCUUUGUUUGUGGCGAGAGGGGGGCUGCCAUCACAUGCGUGGCGACAAGCUGUCAGCGAAGCUUCCAUCUGCCCUGUGCCAUGGACGGGGAAUGUGUCACCCACUUUUUUGGGUACCGUUGGACCUUCUGUCCGGAGCACCGCCCUCAACAGGACAUUUCUGAAGCUCCAGCAGAAGGCACCAACUGCCUCAUCUGCCUUGAGCCUGUGGGGGACAGCUUGUCCUACCAUACCCUGGUGUGCCCAGCAUGCCAACAUGCCUGGUUCCACCGGGGCUGCAUCCAGCAACAGGCCUUGAUUGCUGGCUCUUUGUGCUUCCAGUGCGCUGCUUGUCGAGACAGCAUUCUGUUCUUUGCAGAAAUGGCCAUUCUGGGGAUCCGAAUCCCAUACAGAUUACCAGCAUGGGAGGACAACAACGCAUAUGAAGCACUUCUCCAGAGGCACAGCCACUGUGAUGCCAGCGAAUGCCUGUACCAUGGAGGCAGAGAGCAGGCCGAGAGCAGUGGGCCCUGGCAGCUGCUCCUGUGCAGCUCCUGCGCUGCUGAGGGCACCCACCGACAGUGCUCCCACUUGAAUGACACCACAGCCACAUGGGAGUGCAACAGCUGUGCUGCCCUGCGUACCGCCUCCAGUGCCAACACCGAGCUUGCUGGGCCCUGCACUGUCAGCGAGAGGGCUCCGGGACCAUCCAGCAGCUCCAUGGAGCCUGAGACCUUGGGCUCCAUGCCCGCCAGCCAGGCAGCAUUGGGGACGACAUCACAGAGUUCCCAGCUGCCUGAGCACAGCGACCUGCCCAGGGCGGAGGGCAUCAGGGUCCUCCAGGGCGUCCCCGGCAGCUGCUCGCAGAAGACGUCCCAGGCAGCGGGGAAGAAGCCGCACACGAAGCCGCUCCCCGCUGCGAGGUCGGGCCCCGAGUUCCCGGAGCCGGCCAAGAAGACGCCGUGGCAGCCGGCAAACGCCAGCCCCAGGGCAGCGGAGCGGCACCCGGUCAAGGUCUGCCACUUCCAGAUCCCCGAGGGCUUCCAGAGUGCCCGGACGCAGGGGACCGUCCAGGCAGCGACGGCGCACCCGCACCCGCAGCCCUCCUCCGCAGAGACGUCGGGCUCAAAAUUCCCGCAGCUCACGCCAAGGAGGCAGCAGGAGGCGGGCUCAGUGGCGGAGGACAUCGCGGGAAUGAAGCUGCUCCCAGGAACAACUUCAGAGACAAAGUCCCCACACACAGCCCCCAAGUCUGCGUAG